AUGACGAAAGCCCGCUGCCCCGCCAAAGUUGCGCCCAGCUCGGAGCUCGCGCGCAACGACCCUUAUGAAUCGAUGAUCACUUCAUAUAAAUACCACGCUGUGUUCGUAGCUUCGCUAGCCAUCUUGCUUGUCUCCAUAUACACCACAGGAGAUCGGCAGUACAUGAACUCAAUUGCCUCCCGCGUGCGACUCAUCGGCAACCAUCUCAUCCCGCGCUCAGUAGUACCACAAAUCUUCAGCGCAAGGAUGUCGACACAGGAGAAGAAGAACGAUAUCCUGAAUUGGGUGGAUCCGAAGGAUAAAUCCGGAGAGUUCAAGCGCCAGCAGUCCAUAUUCAGGAACCACAUUUCAAAAGAUCCAGGCGCGGAGUUCCCGCCUGAGAAGGACCGAUAUCACCUCUAUGUCUCAUAUGCGUGUCCCUGGGCGCACCGGACGCUCAUCGUGCGCAAGUUGAAGGGGCUAGAGGAUAUCAUCUCCUUCACCUCCGUACACUGGGAAAUGUUGGACAAGGGGUGGCGUUUCGCGGAGAAAGACGAGAAAGUACCGGGCGAGAACGUGACGCCAGAUCCCCUACACCCUGAGUAUACGCAUCUCCGCGAGAUAUACUUCGAGAACAACAAGGACUACGAGGGCCGCUUCACCGUGCCUACGUUAUACGACAAGAAGCAGAAGAAGAUUGUGAACAACGAGAGCGCCGACAUCAUCCGAAUGCUGUACUACGUUUUUGACGACCUACUGGAGGACAAAUACAAGAAGCUGGAUCUGUUUCCCGAGGAUCUGAGAAGCACGAUCGAGGAGACGAACGAGUGGACAUACAACGAUAUCAACAACGGAGUGUACAAGUCAGGCUUCGCUACCACCCAAGAAGCUUACGAAAAGAACGUCAAAACCCUCUUCUCAUCCCUCGACCGCGCCGAAUCCGACCUCUCCAAGUCCCCCGGCCCCUACUACCACGGCGACCGCCUCACCGAAGCCGACAUCCGCCUCUACACGACCAUCAUCCGCUUCGACUGCGUCUACGUCCAGCACUUCAAGUGUAACCUGCGCGACAUCCGCUCCGGCUACCCCGCGCUGCACAAAUGGGUCCGCAACCUGUAUUGGGAUGUGCCCGCGUUCGGAGAGACGACGGAGUUCACGCAUAUUAAGAACCAUUACACGAAGAGCCAUCGCCAGAUUAAUCCGCUGAGUAUUACGCCCCUGGGACCGGAACCGCCGAUCUUGCCCAAGGAUAGGGAGGUUGCUACCGCGGAGGCGCUGGUGAAGAACCAGAAGGAAUGA